AUGGCAACCCGCGGACCUUAUCGGACGCUUGACUUGGCGACGAAAGUAAAGAUUAUGAAAGAAGUUGAGGAAAGAGGCAUUGCCAAGCAGGACAUCGCGCGAAGGUACGGCAUCAAGCCCAACACUCUUUCAAACUUCCUGAAGAGCAAGCGCUCGAGACUCGAAGCAGUUGAAAAAGACCAGUUCAAGAUGUCUCGCAAGAGAAUGCGCACCGGCGCCCAUCCGGAGUUAGAGCAAGCGUUGCUCAUUUGGAUUAGGGAGGCACGGAGCAAUCACCUUCCGCUCAGUGGCGAUAUCGUUGCAGCGAAAGCCUUAUCGCUUGCGGCGAUGUUAGGAAUUGAAAACUUUGCCUCUUCAGAUGGCUGGUUGACACGUUUCAAGCAACGUCACGACCUGGUGUUCAAAAGCGUGAGUGGCGAAAGGGCGUCCGUCGACCAGGAAACAUGUGCGACGUGGAGAGAACAACAGCUUCGCGAAUACUUGAGCGAAUAUAAGCCGGAAGACAUCUUCAAUGCCAACGAGACGGCACUUUUUUACAAGAUGUUACCCGAGAAGACAUUGACCUUCAAGGACGAUGACUGUGCUGGAGGGAAAAGCAGCAAAGAGAGAGUGUCCGUUUUAAUUGCCACGAACAUGACUGGCAGGGAGCGAUGUCACCUGCUGGUGCUCGGCAAGGCCGCUAAGCCUAGAUGUUUUAAGGGCGUCAAAACGCUGCCCGUCUAUUACGCAUCCAAUAGAAAGGCGUGGAUGACGUCGGAACUAUUUAAAGACUGGCUACAUAAACUAGAUCGCAAGUUCGCAUCAUCUAACCGUAAGGUAUUGCUUCUUGUUGAUCAGUGCAGUGCCCACAUGAAUGUGCCGGCCUUGAGUGCCAUCCGCGUCGCCUACUUGCCAGCCAACACAACAUCGGUGUUGCAACCUAUGGAUCAGGGGAUCAUAAAAAAUGUGAAGGUGCUGUACCGAAAGCACCUUCUCGAGCGGAUGCUCUUGUGCAUGGAGAGCUCCAUGCAGUACGAGGUGAGCGUCCUCAGUGCUAUCCACAUGUUAGCGCAAGCGUGGGGCCGCGUUAAAGAAGAAACAAUUGCAAACUGCUUCAGGGCAUGUGCUUUUAGUGCAAGUGUGGCGGGAGUUGGUUCGUCUUCUCCAGCGGGGGAAGCAGACACAAGCGAGCUUGACGACCAAACUCUUCAAGCAGCUCUCAGUGACGUCACUUUCGAAGAGUACGUCGCCGUUGAUGGCACUGUUGAAACGUGCAGUGCACUGACGGACAGUGAAAUUAUUUAA